AUGGAGUUUGCCAUCGUAAUCGGCAUCGGCGAGCGCGCCGAGACUGUCGAUUGCCAUGACUUCGCCAAGGCUGCCCUGUCGCGCGUCUCGAGCACUGCCCUCAAUCUCGCUUUGCAAAGGAGAUCAAGCGUAGCCGGCCGACUUGCCACCGAGCUGUAUAUUGCUCGUCAAGCGCUGGGAUCAAUAGACAGCUCAAAGCUUCAGCGUCGUGUUCCGAAACUCUUGAGCGACUUGGAGCGCAUCUGCGCGUGGCCAAAGUCCAGCCAGAAUAUGGCUAUGAUACACGCCUUGGUCAACAACCGAGAUCAGAAGGUCGAAAUUCGUGUGCAGAGAGGCAUUUUGUGCUACGCCAACUCUUCGCAAAACGUCAUAGACCAGUACUUCCACAAGCUUGCCCGGUUCUCAAAAGAAGCCCUGGACGAAGAUGACAUUAGAGGUGCCACGGACAAGGCAGAAUCAACGGUAACUACCGACGAGUACCCGGUGCAUGUGAAUACCGAGCUCUACACUAUACUGAAGUCGCAUUCACUCUGCACCUGUAUUCCUGGUCACGCAUAUUCCCAUGCAAGGCAUCACGCUAGGCUCAGGCUACUAGAUGGUAUCUCUAAAGUCGACGAGUCCGUUGCGUUUGACAUGCUGUUUUCCGAGUCGCCAACAACAUGUCAUCACUGGCAAGACCUGCAGUUGCGUGUGCCGCUACGGAAAAAGGCGGCUAAAGCAGUCAAGUUCGACACCAAGGAUUCCUGCCAAAGCGCCUUUAGCAGUCCCAGAAAAUCCGAUAAAAAGAUCAAAGCUGAUAAAACGAUGGCGGUGGUCAAGCCAGACGAGUUCUGUAAUCUUGUGAAAGCGAGACUGGGCUCUCGAAUUUGCUGCCAUAUCCAAGAUUCAGAGCUUCAUCGGCUUUACCGUGGAUUUCCUCUUGUCCAGAAAGUCGACUCGGGCGAGAGCCUUUCUUUGAGACACCUUCUCAGAAUCGGACGGCUGUCUAAUCGCAUGAAGUUAAUACUGGCAUACAUUGUUGCACGGUCUUUUUGGCAGUACUAUGAUUCCCCAUGGAUGGAUUCACCUUGGACAAGCGACUCGGUACAUUUCCUUCGUGAGUUGCCAUCUGAAGAAGAAACUUACUCUAGGGGAGCACUCUACGCCUCAAAGCCCUACUUGGCCGUCGAGUUCAAAGAACUAAAUGGCGAUUUCUUUGAGUAUUGUAAUGCUCCUAGUGUCAUUUUCCCCUACCCCCGGCUACUCUCACUUUGCAUAAUCUUGCUAGAGAUUGGACGCGGCCAAAGUUUGCCCAUCAAGAACAGCGGCUCCUUAGUAGCGGACCUGAACGAAAGAUGGCAUCUUGCCAAACAAGUCACGGAUGCGAACAAAAGUCAGAAUGAAUUCGAUUACCCGCAUUACCGGAAAGCCAUUGUCAGAUGCCUCAACAAUUCCUCGUGGGAACAGAACAGCGAGUCCAUCGAAGAAGAUGUCUUCACACGAAAAUCCGUCAUUCACAACGUGAUUGUGCGGCCCUUGGAGAAGCUUUUGGGUGACCUCGGUUUCUCAGAAAAUCUCCAUGUCAUGACCCCUGUAGACGAAGUCGACGGUCCCAGCACAGUUCCCGACGUUCCUGCACCACCGCCCAUGCCUACCAUCAGCAGCGACGUCGACCAGUCCGACCGAUGGCUCCACAAGAUGAAGAUAAUCAAUCAGUGUUUUCAAAGAAAGGAAUCUUCUACUUUUACACAAGCCCCACGGAUUGCUAUACUAGAUACUGGCUACGACUCUGGAUCCAUUUUCUUCAGUUUGGCUGGACGCAGUCGAAGGGUCAAAGGCUGGAAAGACUUCGUGGAAUCCCAGGAAGACCCGAUUGAUGAGGAGGGGCAUGGCACCCAUACUAUAGCAACUGCAAUGAAGGCAGCCCCUUUCGCUUCGAUCUAUGUGGCGAGAAUAGCUAAGGAUAGGGGCGGUUUGAAAAAUGCGUCCCAAGCGAUUGUCAAGGCUAUCGACUGGGCGGCGAACGAUGCUAGGGUGGACAUCGUUUCCAUGUCCUUUGGUUUUAAGAAUGAGGACCCUAGUAUCACCGACGCAUUGAGGAAGGCGCUUUAUGAUCGCCAUGGGAACCUUAUCUUCUUUGCUGCAGCGUCAAACUCGGGGGCCAAUGGUGGAGAGAUGUUCCCAGCAAAUCUCGAUGAUGUGUUCUCCGUCCGUGAGACCGAUGCUUUAGGGGCCUUCUCAGAUACAAACCCACCUGUCGAUCCGGACGCUCCUGUUGUAUUCGGCACACUAGGUAGGCAGGUGCCUUCGGCAUGGCUUAGUAACGUGGACGGAGAAGUUGCUAAAUCAGGAUCAUCCGUCGCCACAGCUGUGGCGGCAGGCAUUGGGGCCUUGCUCAUGACAAUUACCGACAUUGGUGUAGCAAACCACUGCUUGACAGUAGCUGACUCGUCUAAGAUGAGGACAAAACGAGGCAUGUACCAAGUGUUGAAAAGAAUGUCACGGGACAUGGGAAAUCGGUGCCGAUAUAUAUGUCCUGAAGGAAUAUUGGUCGACGGGGACGCGAAAAAGACGUGGACAGCUAUUGCGGAUGCUUUUACGAGAUCAUAG